AUGCUCAACCUGCACCAGGUGGCCCACACACAUGAUGACGUGGGCUGGCUCAAGACAGGCUCCUCGAACCCACACUUUGACGGAUCCCACACUGAACAGGCCCUGCCCCAGCCGCUUGAGGCCCUGGCCACUGCCCUCUCCUGUGCUCUGACCUCCCAGAUGGGCUUCAGUGGCUUCUUCUACAGGUGCCUGGAUUAUCGAGAUAAGAAGGUUCCGGAGAUGCCGGAGAAGGAGCAGGUGUGGUGGGCCAGCGCCAGCCUGAAGCCCCCAGCUGCUGACUUGACUUCUUCACUGGUGACAGCUGUGCUCCUGAACCCAUACAGCCCACCAGGGAAUCUGUGCUGGGACUCGCUGUGUGACGACAAGCCCAUGGUGGAUGACCCCCACAGCCCCGAGUGCAAUGCCAAGGAGCUGGUCAAUCACUUCCUGCAUUUGGCUGCUGCUCGGGGCCAGCACUACCACACCAACCAUACCGUGAUGACCAUGGGCUCGGACUUCCAACAAGAGAACGCCAACAUGUGGUUCAAGAACCUUGGCAAGCUCAUCCAACUUGUCAACACCCAGGUCAGUGUGCCCACCUGUGGUGCUGUGUGCACAUGUGUGCUUGUAUCCCUGUGCCUUGAGCCAUAAUUAUUGGUUCUGUAACAGGUAUCCACAGACUUAAUGACCUAGAACUACAGAAAUUUAUUGUCUUACAGCUCUAUAGGUGAGGAGUCCAACAUGGGUCUCACUAGCCUGAAACUGAGGUGUCAACAGGGUUGCCUUUCUUUCUGGAGGCUCCAGGAGAGAAUUUGUUUCUUUGCCUCACCAGCUGCUAAAGGCUGCCUGCAUUCCUUGAUGGGUGGCCCCUUUCUCCGUCUCCAAAGCCACCAACACAGCAUCUC